UAUUUUAGAGCUGAUUUCUAUUCCUGACACCAUGAAGCGUAUAAAGUUGUUCUCUUAUCGAUUCAGUCUACUCAAAUUAAAUUUAGUGGCAGUAGUUGCGACAGUGUUAUUCAAUGAAAUUUUGAUUUACCAUCUGCAGAAGUUGCGAUGGGAGAGGUUUGUUUGUGAAAGUGAUGAAUGCACGAGAAUUCUCCUUGUAUCAGACCCACAAAUAUUAGGAGAAGAUCAUGAAUUUUGGAUUUCUCGUUGGGAUAACGAUAGACAUUUGAAGCAAACCUUUCAUCAAGCUGUCGUGCAUGUUAAACCAAAAGUUAUUCUAUUCCUUGGCGAUUUAAUGGAUGAAGGAUCCAUUGCAGAUGAUGAGAAAUUUCAAAACUACUACAAACGAUUUCAAAAUAUUUUUCAAACACCACAUGAUGUGAAAACUAUUUACAUACCAGGCGACAAUGACAUAGGAGGCGAAGGAUCAGAACCAGUAAAAACAGACAAAGUGAUACGUUUUAAAAAUGCUUUUGGUCAAGAAGAAAUUUGGAAUCUUGAACAGAAAAUUCAAAUAAUUACACCAAGCUUGCUCAUUAGAGACAAGAUGAUUAAAGAUUCGAUAGAUUUCAACUCAACUAGAAUUACUAUCAGUCAUUUUCCUAUCCUUUAUAACAUCGGAAAUUCAUAUAAAACACUCCAGAAAUUUCAACCUACAAUUAUUUUCAGCGCCCACGAUCACAGAUCUAGGGAAAUUGUCGGUGAUGCUUUGAAAUUCAGUCAUAAAUGGCCCACGCCUAUAUUAACUCCGAAAAUAUUUGAUCUUGAUCUCUUGAACAGACAAAAGAAAAUAAUCGAGCUUCAAGUCACAACGUGUUCAUACAGAAUGGGAACAAUGAAAAUUGGUUACGCUCAGGCAAUUUUUGAUAACAAUUUGUUAAUAUAUUCACCAAUGUUUAUCAUUAGUCGGUUUUAUCAAUUAGGUUUUUAUGUUUUAUUUCUGUUAAUUAUGUUGAUAGUGAAUAUAUGUAUUAAGAAAAAACGUGUUGAAGCUGCUACUCAUGCUUAUUCUCGGCUAAACAUUAAUCAAUGAAACGUUUUAGAAAAUAAAAUUUUUAUCUGUUUCCCAAGGAUAUGUGAAAUUGAUUCCCCAGAUUUUUCAUAGGUUCGGAGUUACAUUUACUUGCUUCACUCAAAUGCUAAAGCGAGUUUUAUUCACUGUCAAAAUGGCUUAUAAAACAAGUUUCUUUAAUGCUGCUGUUUAAAUUCCAUCAUUGGUAUUUACAACUAUAAAACUCAAAUUAUAUUGGUUUUUUAAAAAGAUUUAACAUUUCCGAAAUUCAAUUUUCAUAUUCACGAAUAAAAGGAAAAAGGAUUCAAUGGAAAAUGAACUUUUGAUAGAAUAAAAAAGUAAUGAAGAUGAAAGAUAAAAGAAAAAUCAAAAUAUUGAAUAGGUUACAUGGCUGUGCACAUGAAC